CACACAUUCGGAGUAUUAGUGAUAGGACACUGCUGCAAGUUCAAUCACACUAUGAGAAUUAUAAAAUGGGCAAUCAAAAUGCUUCCAAAGCACUGAAUGUGACUAAUAAGGAUUCCAAUAUGACAUCAUUUCUUCCGGGUAACAUCACUGAUGAUGGUAGCAACUGUGAUACUACCCACACACUUGCCAACACGUCAAAUAUGGGAAACCUGCUUAAUAUCACUACAUCAAGUGAAAUGCCUAGACCGAUGGCAGAUACAUAUAUUGUUUCAACGUUGGAUCCUAUUGAUAACAUUUGCAUUCACCAGGAAGGAGAUGUAUCUUCACAAAUGAAGCCAUACCCUACUCCACCCAAAAGAAAAUGGUCUCAGAGAACCGCGAGCGGAAAAAGAGCAACAAACUGGAGUACACUUACCAACCAAGGUGCUAAUUUGCAGGAAUCCCUGAAGAGCAGAUUGCUGCAGUUGGAGUGUCAUUUUACAUGGAAUUUGAAAAGUGAACUCAUUGAUGUUGGUGAUUAUAUGGAAAGGAUGUACGAUGAAAUAAGCUUUGCACAAAUGAAGUCUGUAUACCAUUGUUACAACUGUCUGGCUUUUGCAAGUCACUUGAAACAGAAUUAUGAAGAAGCCCUUACACAUUUACAGAAAGCUGAAGAGAGCAUAGUGAAAAAUUAUGCUAAUGACAUAGAUCGGCAUAGCAUUGUUACUUUGGGCAACUUUGCAUGGGUGUACUACUACAUGGACAGAACAGCUGAAUCUCAGAGCUAUCUGCAAAAGGUGCAAAAUGUUUGUAAAACAUCAGGGAGUCCUUCCCUGUAUGCAAUUCCACUUGCUGAAGUAUAUGGCGAAAAAGGCUGGACAUUACUCACAUUCUGUAAAAUAUACUAUGCAGAAGCAGCAGAGUGUUUUGAAAAAGCUCUCAAAGAAAAUCCCAGAGACCCAGAGAGCAAUUCUGGGUAUGCAGUAGCUUUGCACCGCCUUGAAACUCCUGCGUAUGUAAAGUGUACACCUGAAGAGAGUAAAUCCUUACCGCAGCUGAGACAGGCAUUAGCAAUAAAUCCAAACGAUACAUUAUGCAUGGUGUUGCUUGGCCUGAAACUUCAGGACUUUGGUAAACAAACACAAGGUGUUGAAUACAUUGAGCAAGCAUUACAGAAGUCUCCAGAUGUUCCACAUGUUAUACGUUAUGCAGCUAAAUUUUUCAGAAAGUAUGGCUCUGUGGAUAGGUCUAUUGAGCUGUUAGAAAACGCAUUAGCUAAGACACCAAACUCUGCAUUCCUACACCAUCAAGUAGGUAUGAGUUACAAAAAAAAGAUAUGUUAUAACCCCUUAAGAAUAAGUAAUGCAGUUAGAAAAAGCAUUUAUCAUUUUGAAAAAGCAGUGGAACUUAACCCACAAUUUAUCUAUGCACUGCUGGAUUUGGCAAAUCUGUAUAAAAAAAUUCAAAACUAUGAAAAAGUAGAAGCAUGUUUUAAAAGACUGUAUGAUAUACCUAGCUGCACACCUGAAAACCUUCAGGACAUACAUGUGCAGUAUGGACUGUUUCUACUGGAAAACAAAAAAUCAGAAUCAAAUGCUGUUGUGUAUUUCAAAGAAGGUUGUAAAAUCAAAAAUCCCUCAAGAUCAAGGGAUAUGUGUUUCAGAAAUCUGAGAAAUAUUGCUCACAGAAGGUUAUCUAUAAAUUCCAAUGAUAGCUCAGCUCAUGGUAUUCUUGGAUUUGUUCACGCCCUGCAGUGUGAUUCUGACAAUGAAGACUAUCUAGAUGCUCUCUCUGAACUUCAGUUCUUCACCUAGACAGGCAGUGGAAAGUACAGUCAUUAUGCCAGUGAUGUCAGAUAAUUAAAAAAUAGCAAAUGCUUGGUAGUUUAAAAAAAAAA